AUGGCUUUGACUGGUGCGGUACCGUGCAUGGAUAGGGAGCAAGAGGCUCUUCUCAAGUUCAAAGAAGGCUUUAAGAGUGCUUCAGAAUCCUUCUCUUCAUGGACAGCAGAAGAAGAUUGUUGCAAUUGGAGAGGAGUUGGAUGUGACAACGCAACUGGUCAUGUCACCAUCCUUGAUCUCCAUGGUCGAGACCCUUACAACAUAUUGCAAGCUCAUUUGGUAAGUCCUUCUCUGUUUGACUUACCAUAUUUGAGAUACCUAGACUUAAGCCUCAACGAUUUCCAGCAGAUUCCAAUUCCAGAGUUGAUUGGUUCUCUUAAAUAUAUUGAAUAUCUCAACCUGUCUAAUGCCAAUUAUCGGGGAACCAUUCCAAGUACUCUUGGAAACCUCUCGCACUUGAAGUCUCUGGAUUUGAGUGGAAAUGGCUUUUCUUUAAGAGCUGAAAACCUCAGUUGGGUUUAUGGUCUUUCCUCUUUGAAAGUUCUUGAUCUGGGUGGUGUUGAUCUUAGCAAUGCAGAGGAUUGGCUUGAUGCAGUAAAUAUGCUUCCUUCUCUGGUAAUGUUGCGUUUAUUCUGUUGCAAACUUCCCAAGCUCUCUCAAAAUUUGCAUCAUGUGAAUUUUACUUCACUUAAAUUCCUCGAUCUCUCGUUUAAUAACUUCAGUUCUACAAUACCAAAUUGGUUGUUUGACAUUGGUCAUGGUCUUGUUUACCUUAAUCUUUCAAGAUGUCAGUUGCAAGGUGUGAUUCUAGAUGCUUUAGGGAACCUGGCUUCUCUCAUCUCUCUUGAUCUCUCGAAGAAUGGCCUCAAAGGUCCAAUUCCGUUAACUUUAGGCCUUCUUCAAGAACAAGAGUUUUCGCAACUGGUUGUCCUGGAUGUGGCUAUGAAUUGCAUGGAGGGUAGCAUCAAAGAAGCUCACUUGCUAAAAUUCAGUAGCUUGCGGGUGUUAGAUCUUUAUUCAAACUCGUUGGCAUUGGAAAUGUCGUGCCAGAUUGGUUUUUCCAGGAUCAUGUAUAUGAAUCUGUCUUUCAACGAGCUCAAAGGACAUGUGCCUGAUUUUUCAUCCCAACUCCAAUUUUCACAACUUGAUUUGACUAGCAAUAACUUUUGGAGUCCCCUGCCUCGCUUCUCCGCCAACUUAAGGGUAUUGUUUCUAGCUAGAAAUUCAUUUUUUGGACAUAUUUCAAACUUAUGUGGAAUAUUGUCUAUGAAUAACUCCCUCACUUAUUUGGAUCUAUCUUCAAAUAAUUUAUCGGGAGAGAUUCCAGAUUGUUGGAAAUAUGGAUACUAUCUGGUCACUCUCAACUUAGCUAAUAACAAUCUUUCAAGACAAAUUCCCAUCUCAAUGGGCCAAUUAAUUCAUCUUAAAACAUUGCAAUUGGAGAACAAUAGUCUAUCGGGAGAAGUGCCUUUAUCAUUGAAGACUUGCACUGACUUGACUGUUUUGGAUCUUGCAAAAAACACUCUUGGGUAA